AUGCAAGUACUCACUGUGGAGUCGCUGGGAGCUGCCACCGCUUCCGAACGCACCCCGCGCGCCGCACCCCGCCAACGCCCGCCCGAUACAGAUCACGCAUUCUACGAAUACCUUCAACCACGGUGCUGGGAAUCGCCUGCCAUCUUUUUCACUCCUUUGAUGAUCCGCCGAAUCGCGCGGGUCGAGAGGGGCUCAAUGGAUGUUUUACAGCGGAGACGCUUCCUAGCUUCACGGAGCGAAGGUCACGCGGGCAGGCGAGGUGGACGACGCAGCGCGCGCGCCCGGGGCGUCGCGGAGCGAGACGAGAGACCGCCACCGGGUUACGCCUUCCGCGCGAUCUCGUCAUUAUGUAGGUUGGCCGCAUUAGAGCCUCCGUGUAUUGAGUGCAUGUAUAAAAUACAGAAUGUAGUAAAUGCGCCGCUCGCCUGCGGAUCCUUUGUCUACGAAAUUGGGCUUCAUUAUGCGAAACUACGGGAAGCUUAUAGUCUUAUUGUGGCGUGUUAUGGCCAGUGUAACGUCACAGUGGACAAAAGGUGGACAGCGAACCCAAUGUUUGCUGACAAUGUGCAGAGACAAUCAGCAUUUAUAGAUGAACAAAGACGUCAAUCGUGUGUUCCUUUGUUGACAGGAUGA